GAAAAGCAGAGGCUGGAAAUGGAGCGUGAGAUGCUGAACAAGAUGCAGCGUAAGAUGAAAGAGAUGUCAGAGAAUGCUGCCGGCAACUUGAAGAGUCUCCAGGAGGCUGAGAAAAACAAGAUUAACUUGCUGACCAAACAGAACCAGGAAUUACAGGAGCUUCUGGCUGCGGAGCGCGAGAAAGCCUCCAACAAAUCCAAAGAAGAAAUGGACAUGGAAGCCGCCAGAAGACGAGAAAAGGCCAUGUCAGCCGAAAUAUUAAAGCUAAAGAAAGAAAUUGAGCGGAUCCACAAAUCUUGGGAAAAGAAGUUUGGAAUUUUGCAGGCCAGUUUACAUGCCCUGAAGGACGAGAGCUACGUGAGGCAGAGUUUACAGCGACAGGCCGCCACACUGCAUCACGCCGCCAUCAGCUACGCCGUAGACGCUCCGUUGGGCAUCCAGCCGUCCAAACAAACUCCUCGCAAAUUCCCCCUGCCGAACAUUCCCCCGUCAGGUCGCAGUACCAAGCGUGAUGGAGAGUAUUAUCCCCAUACUGUCUCCGCUAACAGUGCUAGAUACCACUCUGUCGAUGAGAACCAGGUAGUUUCGGACCCAGAAGACGUCCCAGCAGACAUGGCGCCACUUCCAGAUCCACCCCACAGUUUCAGGCCCGUGUCAAGCAGUGGUGACGACAACAUCCGCCCCUCCAGCUCGAAUGUGGUUGUCGUCCCCUCCCCACUCCAGGCACAAUGACAUCACAUUCCUCACACUAGUUAACAAGACAUCAGGUUUUGGAGCGUACUUACGAUGUUUGCUUGACAGCGGGACUUUAGACUUCGGUGGAUAGUAACAGUAUCUGUCAUGUUUUUUUUUUGACUGGAGGUGGGAGUGACGAGGGUAUUGGAACUGUCUACUUGAAAGCAAGAUAUAAGGCUCUAUACGAUAAUGUCAAUGUAUGUUUGGAUAGGAGGACAUCAGAUUUUGUAGUAAUUUAUUGACAGUGUCAGUUUGAAGAAAUCUGACAUAUCUUUAAAGGCGUCAUCUUGUUUGAAAUCACAGACGAUACAUUUUUCACAGUUACUGCCCUGGUAAGAAAAAUACUCUCAUACAGCUUUCGAGGCACAUACCUUUAUCAUACCUUUACGAGGUACAUACCUUUAUCAACGUCUGAAAUUUUGGAACAAUCCUCUUUCGUCUGAAAGGGUACGCUUUGACCCUUAUUAUGGGUAAUAGUGUGGUAAAUAUUCAACAAUAUCUUGUAAGGUGUCUUAAACACUGGAAAAGAACUGCUGCGUUUGUUAUUAUUCAUUUUUUCGUAAUGUGCAAUAUUAGAAGCCAUUUUGGCUCAUUGCAGAUGUUUGCUGUAAACCAAGUCACAUCAACAACUGUUACAUGAUCGGAGAUGUGAGAUUGCUACCUGUACAAUCGUCACAUGUUCGUUAAGCUAUAAAGAGCUUCGGUCAGAUACAAAUUUGCAGUUUUAAUUAGAGAAUCCACAUUCUCUAAUUAAAUCGCCUGUUUUCAAUUUGCUGUAGUAGUUUUCAUGGAUGUGUUUGAAAAAUUUGUUGUAUGUUGAAUUUACUCUUAUUGAAGAAAGUUAUUUUCUUGACCAGCAGGUAUCUGGUAGUCUCUUAAAUGAAGUAAGAUACCUGGUUGGUAUUUCAGAAUACACUAAGAUUACGUCCUGUACAACUCUGUGAUAUAAUACAUUUAUAUUGACUGUGAUAUAUCGACGAGGGUUUCUUCCAACCGAAGUUAACCCCUUCAUGAUGUAAGGAUCCUGAAUGCUUAGAAAAGACAAACUGUACCGUUAUCUUUAGUUUUAUUCUUUUAUCGGUGUUCAGUAUUAUAACGGUAUACAGUUAUCCUGUAUAUAUGAGAGUUGGUGCGCUGCACACACUCACAACUGCUGACUGCUAUUUAACGUGUCUGUUCUGAUCACUUUGAUGACUUUUUCAGGGACAGUGCCAACGACUGCUGUAAAUUUUGUACAUAUCUAUGGGGAACGAUCCCCAGAUGUCUUUGUACAGGUCAUGUUUGUAGAUUUGUAUA